GCAGGGAAUGGAGCCCCAAACACGCCAGGCGGGGUUUAGCUCGUACCCUGCUCUCCGCCCAGGCUGGCCUCCCUCCACGUCGAUUGAGGAUGCCCUUCGGGAGUUAGCGGAACGUGCUCAGGUCGCCUUUGCCAGGGAUCUGCGUGACUUGACUGUCAGUUGCGUAGCGCGGGGAAGCGAAGACCGGUUCGCCGGAGUGGAAGCCGGCCGGCGGGCGGGCGGGACGGCGUGGCUCCUUGCGGUGCCGGGGGCUGCCGGAGCUUGGGACCGGGCCAGCUGGUGAGGAAGUGAGGGAGGCAGCUGCUUCCUCCCUCCUCUUCCUUUCCCUUCGCUUUUUCGCCGGCAGAAGCUGUCUCACUUUCCGUCCCGCGCCCAAUCUGCGGAGGCCAGAGGGAUCAGCACCCACGCCGAUGAAUUACAAAUGAAACUUUUGGCCAGUUUUUCCAGAUUGCUACAAUAAGAUGUUUACUGCAAAUACUGCAAACUGGGUUACUUUUGAAGAUGAAUCUCAGUCCCCUCAGAAGGCAAGAGACAAUAAUAACCCUUGCAGACCAAAUGGGCUUAAACUCGCUCUGCCUAAAAUGCCAGAUUUUUCAAGCCAAUUGUCUUCCUCCAGCAGUACUUCUUUCUCAUCUCCUAUACAUGACUACUACUACAGCCCUGGCCCCCCCAGUAAUUCUCCCCUCUGUACACCCACUAAAGACUAUCCUGUCAAUCCUUGCUUUCCCAGAUCAGGAACUCAUUUUCUUACUCCUAUUCCAGAGUUGUCAUCCAACAUUAAUCUUCUCCCACUGAUUGAACCAUCUUCUCAAAAACUGAUUGGAAUAUCUCAGCCUGUGCACAGUUCAGAAUUUUCUGUUCUGAAACCAACAGAUGGUGCACAUGCUACACCUCAAGAAAACUCAAAGAAAUUGGAACAUUCCUUAGAUUCACAAACCUUUUUUCAGAAAGUUUCAAGUGACUCUGCUUUCUCUAAUCCAUUUUGGUCAGAAGAUUCAUCUACUGUGUCUUUGUCCAUCUUUCAUGGGCACAGAAAAGAGUCAGAUUUUGAAAAAGAUUGUUCUUUUAAAGGGAAGAAAAGCUGGCCAGAUCAGAAAAGCCUAAACCAGGGUUCAUUCAAUUAUGUAUGUGAGAGGCUUGAACACUUGAAAACUGGAACUUCAAACACUGAAAGAACUUUGACACCAGUUCCAUGUAUGUGCACUAGAGAUGGCUUUUCUUCAUUUAUUCCGUGCAGUCUCUUUAGCAGCCAGAGAAAAGAUGGCUGGCCUUUCAUGUUGAGGAUUCCUGAAAAGAAAAAUAUGAUGUCAUCAAGGCAGUGGGGUCCUAUUUAUCUUAGAGUCUUACCUGGAGGAAUCCUACAGAUGUAUUAUGAAAAAGGUCUUGAAAAACCUUUCAAAGAAUUCCAGCUGCAACCAUUUUGCAAGCUUUCAGAACCAAAGUUAGAGAACUGCAACAUCUCUGGGAAAAUCCAUACUGUGAAAAUUGAACAUGUGUCAUACACAGAGAAAAAGAAGUAUCACCCUAAAACUGAAGUGGUUCAUGAAGCAGAAGUAGAGCAGAUGCUGAAACUAGGGACAACUGAUUACAGUGACUUCACUGACUUCCUAAUGAUAGUCGAGGAAGAAUUAAUGAAGCUUCCUGCUAUUUCAAAACCAAAGAGACAUUAUGAAGAACAAGAAAUGAUCCUGGAAAUAGUGGACAACUUUUGGGGGAGAAUUAGUAAAGCAGAAGAGAAGUUAAUUGAAAGCGCUGUCAUCACUCAUAUUUAUUCCUUAAACUUUUUGAAUGGUAAUUCUGAGUGCUUUAUGACACUAAAUGACUUGGAGCUUCAGAAGAGAGAUGAACAUUAUUUUGAGUCAGACAGUAAGAAGAAAUGUAUUGAAAUUCAUGACUAUCACUUUCAUCAAUGUGUGAAAAAAGAAGAAUUUGAACAAUCAAGAAUAAUUAAAUUUACACCACCAGAUGGCUGUAGAGUAGAACUAAUGCGUUAUAGGACACAGCAUAAUGGAUUGGAUCUUCCAUUUUCUGUCAAAGCCUUGUUAGUUGUUCAAGGAGCUUAUGUUGAACUGCAGGCUUUCAUAAACAUGGUUCCCUCUGCUUUGGCUUCAGCAUAUUCAUACCCCACAAAACACUGUGAAAAUAUAAUGGUUCACUUUCCUGUUCCCUCACAGUGGAACAAAACUCUUUGGACCAUGAACCUCCAAAGACCGAAGUCCCUGAAAGCAAAAAUGAACAGAAGAACUUGUCUUGGCUCUUUAAAUGAGGUUGAAUCUGACUCCAUUAUCCAUGUCUCGGUUGGAACAGCCAAGUAUGAAAGUGCCUAUAGAGCUAUUGUGUGGAAGAUUGACAGACUGCCAGAUAAAAACUCAAAUCCAGAUCAUCUGCACAGUCUGUCUUUCAAAUUAGAACUUGGCUCAGAUCAAGAAAUCCCUUCUGAUUGGUACCCUUUCGCUGUGGUGCAGUUUGUUGUCUCUGAUGCUUGCGCCUCAGGAACCGAAGUGAAAUCAUGGGGUGUUGAGAAGGAUGUACAGCCUCAGAAACAUGUGAUUCAGAAAGCAUGUUACAAUUGCCAGGUUGAAAUUGAGAAGAAAUGGAUUAGACUUGAGGGAGAAGAUCCCAGUAAGGGUGGGAAUUGUGACAUACAGUAGAAGAGAGAAGUAAUCUGGACUGCUUUUGAGAUUAUGGGCAAUAUUUUAAUGUAAGCAGGAUAAUUUAAAUGCAGCAAAGCAAUGGAUUUCAGUAUAUAAUUUUCAAAUUGUCUUGUUAAAAGAUUAGGUACAUAGUUGGCAGUUUGCACUCUAAACAUUUAAUAUAUUAACUAUAACAUUAUAAAGGUAAUACUAUAAAUUGGUUCUGAAGGCAAAAAGCUGUUUCGGAGUGUGUGGAGGAGUGAAUGUAGCUCUCAUUUGCAACUCCCUAAAGAAGACAUGCCUUUUCUUGAGAUAAUACAAGCUAUGCACUGCAACUGCCAUGUAAUUCCUGGGGAAAAUAUAUUUGGGUUAAUGAAUGCAGAUAGAUUCUCUUUGUACCUUUGUGUACCCAAGCACCCUUUUGCCUUUGAACCCAAAGGACAUACUAUAUUGAAAAUAACUAUAUUUGAUAUGACUUUAAAGUCAGUUGACCACAAAUCUUUUAGUGGUAGCAUCAGAAUAGCUUGACUUUUGAUGUUGUCUAGAAUUAUAAGAGAUAGAUAAAUCUGUCUGUGUAAUCCUGUACAUUCUUCCCACUUUCACUAAAAAAUGCAGGUCCCAACUAUACUUCAUGAUGGGAUCAUUGGUAGAAUGUUUAGCAGUUUUAUUAUAAAUUGAAUCUUAUACACUUUAAGUGCUUCAGUAUGUUCUUUUGCUACAUAAGAGUACAAGUGUGGAAAAAGAUUCACUAGAGUACAACAUAGAUAUUUUUCAGAGUAGUGCAGUUGGCAAAAACUGACAGAGAGCAAAUCCAUUGCUUCCUUAUUUUUGCAAAACUCUACACCUAUUCCAAAUUUUGUCAAAAUUGUUAAUAUACAUUUGUCUACAGAGGAAGCAGUGAAAUUUCUUGAACUGUCCCCUUCCUUUGGCCUUUUGGUGGAAAUGGUUUUGCUCUGAAAUAUUUUGCCAUUGGUUACAAAUUAUUUUGGAUCUCCAACAAGAACAGAUGUUAGAUUUGGAAAAAAAGUCUUCAUUUGUUCUUCUGAGAAGCUAAAGGUCCAUAUGAACAUGAAAAGCAAGUUAGUCCCUUGUUCUGAGAGCCAAGCUAGAGUUUGCUUAAGGGGCAUAGGGUGGCUUAUGCUUGACUAUGUUUUAAGGAAAACAUAACAAUACACAAUAUGAUCAGCUUUAGGCUAUUUUGAUGAUAUUUUUAAAGUUUAUUACUUAGAUAUAUUUGGACGUGUGGCAAGAGGAUUCAUCACUGUUUUCAAUCUUGAGGACUGUAUUGAAUAUUUGGGAAGCUAAGAAGUGUCAGUUUUAAUUUAUAUUGCUGGCUUUCUGAUUAAUUUUAACUGUUCCACAUGUUAUCUUUGUUCCAUGUAAUUCUUUUUGGAAUAAAAGUGUAACAGCA